AUGCAUGUUCAAGAAUAUCAGUAUCGCUUAAUUGAUAGCGUUCAGAAAGCUCUUGAGAAAUAUGAUUCCGAAUUGAAGAAUAUCAAUCAUCAAAUCUGGUCGAACCCCGAGCUAGGCUAUGAAGAAUACAAAGCCCAUGACCAUAUCUGCUCACUCUUCGAAAGUCUCAAAUCAGAAGGCUACCAAGUCCGCCGUAGCGCACAUGGGCUCGAAACAGCCCUAGAAAUCGAAUUCAAGCACGGCACGGGAGGCCGCGUAGUCGCCUUCAACGCGGAAUACGACGCACUCCCCGGGAUCGGACACGCAUGUGGCCACAAUCUAAUCGCGACGAGCUCAAUCGCCGCCUUCAUCGCGACCUGCGAGGCCUUGAAAGCCCGGUACCCAGAUGGACCCGGGUACACCGUCCGGCUGCUGGGCACGCCGGCGGAAGAAUCCGGCGGUGGAAAGGUGCGCUUGUUAGACAACGGAGCGUAUAAGGAUGUGGAUGCUUGUCUUAUGGUGCAUCCUAUGCCGAUGGCGCCUGAUGAUCCGGAACUGUUGAGUGUGGCGACUGUGUUGCCGGGGGGAUUUCUUGCGAACGAUAAGGUCACGGUGACUUUUACGGGGAAGCCGGCGCAUGCGGCUGCUGCGCCGUGGGAGGGCGUUAAUGCGCUUGAUGCUGUGGUGGCUGCCUAUGUGAAUAUUUCUCUGCUGCGACAGCAGAUUCUGCCAAGCCAGAGGAUUCAUGGGGUUAUUGCGCACGGUGGAGAUCGUCCGAAUGUGAUUCCCAUGUCGGCAUCUGUGGACUAUUAUAUCCGGUCACCCAGUCUCAAGACAUUGAAGCCGUUGACUGAAAAAGUGAUCAAGUGCUUCGAAGCGGCAGCGACUGCCACCGGGUGUCAAGUUGAGUUUGACUGGGGCAUCUCGUACGCUGAUUUAAAGACCAAUACGCCCAUCUGCGAGAAUUACGUUACCGCCAUGCGCGCAAUGGGACACCAUACAGUGUUUGAUAACUCAGGCAAGAAGGGGGUCUUGGGUGGUGCUUCGACGGAUAUGGGGAACGUCACCUAUGCCGUACCCGGCUUUCAUGGAAUGUUCACCAUCCCCGCUGAGGGAGUGAAUCAUACGCCGCAGUUUACUAACGGUGCUGGAUCACCGGAGGGAUAUAAGCGUAGUCUUGCCUGUGCUGCUGGCAUGGCUGUUGUUGGAUGUCAAAUCUUGGUGGAUGAUAAAGUGGCGGAGCAAGUGAAGAAGGACUUUGAAAGGGACGAAUAA